UUUUCUUCGACAAUUCCAGAUGAGUUCCGAAGGAAGUCGAAGUAGGUGAAGGUGAAACAUGGGAGACGUAGAUACCACUGCAUCGCCGCCGAGGCUCCAGAACUUGCUUGACAUUGAUCCAUACCUCAGAAAUUUUGAAACAGAGAUAAAAAGAAGAUAUGGAUGUUUCUGCAAUUUGCAAAAGGCCAUUGAACAAAAUGAAGGAGGAUAUGAUAAAUUUACGAGAGGGUACGAAUCAUUUGGUAUACACCGGACAUCUGACAAUGGAAUCUACAUGAAGGAAUGGGCACCAGGGGCUGAGGGAGUCUUCCUUAGAGGCGAAUUUAAUGGCUGGAACCAGACUCGGUAUUCAUUUACAAAAGGAGAAUUUGGAAAAUGGGAGUUGAAGAUCCCACCAAACUCUGAUGGUUCCUGUCCAGUACCCCACAAUAGUAAGAUAAAGUUAGUGAUUAAAACUAAAUCAGGAGAACUCGUUGAUCGCCUGUGUCCAUGGGCUAGUUACGUCACCCAACCAGACAGCACCAAAGCUUACGACCAAGUCUUCUGGGAUCCUCCCCAGAGAUACAAAUUCCAACAUCCUCAUCCAAAGAAAUCGGACAACUUGAGGAUAUAUGAGUCACAUGUAGGAAUUGCAUCAUGGGAAGGAAAAAUUGCAACAUACAAAGAGUUUACACAGAAUGUUAUACCAAGGAUCAAGAAGUUAGGCUACAAUGCUAUACAGAUGAUGGCCAUCAUGGAGCACGCUUAUUAUGCCAGCUUUGGAUAUCAAGUCACCAGCUUCUUUGCUGCCUCUAGUCGUUAUGGUACUCCUGAUGAGUUGAAGGAGAUGAUUGACGCCGCCCACGCUAAUGGGAUCACAGUGUUACUGGACAUGGUACAUAGUCACGCCUCAAAGAACGUGGUGGAUGGGCUGAACCAGUUUGAUGGAACAGACUCCUGUUUCUUCCAUGGUGGAGGGAGAGGAAACCAUGAUUUAUGGGAUUCUAGACUCUUUAAUUAUACUGAGUGGGAAGUUCUACGGUUCCUGCUGUCCAAUCUAAGAUGGUGGAUUGAGGAAUAUAAAUUUGAUGGCUUUAGAUUUGACGGAGUAACCUCCAUGUUAUAUCAUACUCAUGGGAUGGGUCAUGGAUUUAGUGGGGAUUACGGGGAAUAUUUCGGAUUGAACACUGACACGGAUUCUCUAGUCUACCUCAUGUUGUCCAAUCAAAUGCUGCGUUCUCUCUACCCAGACUUUGUGAUUACAAUAGCUGAGGAAGUAUCUGGGAUGCCCGCAUUGUGUCGUCCCAUAGAGGAAGGAGGGAUGGGGUUCGACUACCGCCUCGCCAUGGCUCUACCUGACAUGUGGAUCAAACACUUGAAAGAGAUCUCAGAUGACCAGUGGGAAAUGGGAAGGAUUUGUCACACAUUAUCCAACAGACGAUACGGUGAGAAGUGCAUCGCAUACGCAGAGAGUCAUGACCAGGCCCUAGUGGGUGACAAGACCAUUGCCUUCUGGCUGAUGGACAAAGAAAUGUACACUCAUAUGUCCACUCUGUCACCACCCAGUCUUAUUAUAGACAGAGGUAUGGCUCUCCAUAAAAUGAUCCGACUUAUCACCAUGGGACUGGGAGGAGAGGGAUAUCUUACCUUUAUAGGAAAUGAAUUUGGCCACCCAGAAUGGCUGGACUUUCCAAGGGCAGGUAACAACUCGAGCUAUCACUACUGCAGACGACAGUUUAACCUAGCAGACAAUGAUCUACUGAAAUACAAGUUCCUCAACCAGUUUGAUAAAGACAUGAUGCAUGUUGAAAUGAAAUAUGGCUGGCUUAGCCAUCCACAGAACUACGUUUCCCGCAAGCACGAGGGUGACAAAGUAAUAGUGUUUGACCGGGCAGAUAAGUUAGUGUUUGUAUUCAACUGGCAUCCAUCCCAGAGCUACACAGACUACAAGAUAGGGGUCAAUGUUCCUGGAAAAUACAAGGUUGUACUAGACACGGAUGCUGAGAAUUAUGGCGGACACAAACGUUUAGAUCACUCAGUAGAUUUCUUUACCUCAGAUGAUCCGUGGGACAACAGAAGGUGCUCAUUGCUUGUGUACAUUCCAUGUCGAUCUGCAUUUGUCCUUGCAAAAGUAGACUGACCUUGACCUGAUGAGUAGUAUUAACCCAAUGUGACUUUGCCGGAUGGCCAGAGGUCAUUGAACUUGGACAGUACAACUGUCCCCAAUGCUGGAGCGUGAUUAUCUCGUGUGCUUCAUCUCACAGGCAUUCUUAUAAAAAAAUAAUCUCAAUUAUUCAUGUAGCCUUUCUUAUUUAGGGAGAAAAUAUAGGUAAAAGUGUGUAGGCUUUGAAGAGACAUAGUUUACAACACUCAUGCUUCGUCCGUAUGUCUUCCAGUAUCCAUUUUGGCACCGGGUGCCAGACUUGUUAUCUUUAAACAUUUUAUUUGCAUGUUGAUUCUGUUGCGAGUGAUACAUUUAAUGCUGAUGCAUGCCCAAGUUACUAGGUUGUUGUAUGUUUAUAAAACAUGAUCUAAUAAAUUGAAUACAUUUUC